AUGAAGGUCCUCGCUGUCGCGGAGAAGCCCUCAAGCUACCGCACCCAGCAGGGCCCGUCGCAGUACAACAGGCUUUUCGAGUUCAGCACGCCCUAUCGCGGCUCGCAGUGCCAGAUGAUUGUCACGUCGGUGACGGGCCACCUGAUGGAGCUCGAGUUUUGCGACGAGAGGCACGCAAAGUGGAAGCGGUGCGACCUUAUCGAGCUCUUCGACGCACCGAUCCGCCAGCGCGCGAUCGGGUUCGAGGUGGUCGACGUGUGCAAGAGGGCAAACCCGCGCCUGCAGGCGCUCGCCAACCUGGUCCCUCCCGACCAGCGCCUCGCGGACGCGGUGAGCGCGCGGUCGGAGAUCGACCUGCGGCUCGGCGCAGCCUUCACGCGCUUCCAGACGCUCACGCUGCAGGAGCGCAGCACGGCGAGCAACCGGACUCCUCCUCGCGCCCCUCCCUUCACGCCGCACCACGUGCGUGGUCAGGACCAGUACGAGGGGCUCGACGGCUUGCUCAGCUACGGUCCGUGCCAGUUCCCGACGAUGUGGUUCGUGGCGCGCAUCGACGCUUUUGUGCGCGAGGCCUUCUACGCGAUCGAGGUGAUGCUCUACGAGAUCUGCGUCGAGCGGCGCCUCGCGACAGUGACAAAGGUGGACGGCCACGAGAAGAGGAAGUGGCGGCCGACGCCGCUGCACACCGGCUUCCUCUCCUACCCGCGGACGGAGACGGACAAGUUCAAGGCGCGCGGCACCACCGAUGGGUUCGACCUCGCGGCCCUCAUCAACGAGCAGGCGGGCCACCCCGAGUGGGGAGGCUUCGCGCGCGAGCUGCAGGCGGGAGGCUUCCAAGCGCUGACGCCGAGCCUCUACCCCUUCCUGCCGCCGGCACAGGCGCACCCGCCGAUCCAUCCGCUCAAGUCUGGCGCGCCGCUGCAAGGCGACGAGGCGCGGGUGUACGAGCUGGUGACGCGCCGCUUCCUCGCCUGCUGCGCGUGCGACGCGCUCGGCUUCGAGACGACCGUCGACAUCGAGAUGGCCGGCGAGCAGUUCAGCUCGCGCGGCCUGAUGGUGUGGAAGUGGGAGCGGUGGAGCGCGAGGAAGAUCCCGAGCUACUACCUCGGGGAGCAGUUUGAGCCGACAGCGCUCCACCUCCACGAGGGGCACACCUCCCCGCCCUCGCCGCUCUCCGAGGCGCGCGCUCCGUCCAAGGCGGAGCGAAGCUUUGGCCGCCUCGCGGAGCUCAUUGGCAUGAUGGACGAGCAGGGCAUCGGCACGGACGCGACGAUCGCGCAGCACAUCAAGAAGACGCUCGACCGCGGCUACGUCGAGAAGCGCGUGCCAAACAACACCUUCCACCCGCUGCCGCUCUCGAGGAUCCUGCUCGACAGCUACACGCGGAUGCCGCAAGCCUUCGACCUCGGCGUCCCCCACCUGAGGGCCGAGAUGGAGCGCGACAUGGCGCCCGCCGCCUCGGCGGAGCUCGCGCGGCGCGGCCGCGACGCGUGCGGCGGAAAGGUCUGCUCCGGGCAGAUGACGAGGCAGGAGUGCGUCGACAAGACGGCGCGCAAGAGCGAGGCGCUGCACCAGCCCUGGGUCGACAUGAUGAGAGGGCUCUACCGGCACGCCAGCGUCAACAGCCGCUGCCUCCACGCCGCCGCCGCUGCCAUCCUGGCGCGGCCUGACGCCUCGAGCUGGGCGCCGCAGCGGCUGUCGGACGGCUCGCGCCCUUCAUGUGGCAAGUGCCAAGGCCUGAUGGACCUGCGACACUAUGAUGUGCCUGGCGGCGACCUCGCCUCGCAUGGCCACCGCUGCCCGCUCGACCAGUUCCAGGUCCUGAGCGUGACCAACACCGCGACGGGCAAGACGCACCAGAUCUGCCCAAAGUGCUUCAAGGACCCGCCCGCAGAGGCGACGGGCGGCAAGGCCGUGGACGGCCUCCGCUGCUUCGCCUGCCUCGCCGACUGCCCGCUCGCCUCAGGCUCGAAGGUGCUCCGGCCUUGCCCGAGCUGCCAGCGCGGCGAGCUGCUCUUCAAGGCCCCGAAGGCCAUGAACGGGACGUUGCUCGAGUGCUCCAACUCCGGCGAGGGCUGCGACAUGAAGCUCUACCUGCCCGGCGGGACCACCCUCCAGCGCCUCUCUGCCCAGCCGUGCGCCGGCUGCAGCCACUCGCUCCUCUCCUUCACCUUCAAUCGCGCGUCACUCGAGCCGCGGCUUCGCAUGCACCCGUACGACGCAUGCUGCUUUUGCUCCGAGCCAAACCUGGCAGAGAUCCUGCGAGACUGCAACGACACGGCGGACGGGCGGCGCAGGGUGGCACUGCUCUGCUCCCGAUGCUGCGGACACGGCCGCUGCGGUGGGGAUGUUUCAGUCGAUGCUUGGCGUCGAUAA